AUGGCCGACAAUCCAGUGUGGAAGGCAUGCAAGCCCUUCGCAACAGGGUCGUUGGCAGGGAUGUUUGCCACCUGUUGCAUCCAACCCAUCGACAUGGUGAAGGUAAGGAUCCAGUUGACCGCCGGUACAGCUGAAGCCGCAGGGCCUUUGACCAUUGCUUCCAACAUGUUGAAGAACGAGGGCGUGACGGCGUUCUACACGGGGCUGACCGCGGGGCUCACGCGUCAGGUGGUCUACACCGGAGCGCGUUUGGGGCUCUUCGACAAGUUCACGGGCAUGGUGAAGACUCCGGGGAAACAGAUGUCCUUCUUGGAGAACGCCGGUUGCGCCUUGAGCGCCGGUGGCCUCGCCGCGUUGAUCGGCAACCCCGCGGAUCUGGCGCUCAUCCGGAUGCAGGCGGACAGCAUGAAGCCUGCAGCGGAGAGAGCCGGAUACACCAACGUCUUCACCACCAUGGGAAAGAUCGUGGCCAAUGAGGGAGCAGGUGGCUUGAUGGCCGGUGCUGCACCUACCGCAACUCGUGCUAUGGCCUUGAACUUCGGGAUGUUGGCUUUCAAUGCCAGUGCGAAGGACGCGCUGGGCAACAUGGGCGUCUCCGGAGCGCCACAGGUCUUUGGAGCCUCUGCCAUUGCCGGUUUCUUCGCGUCCUUCUUCUCCUUGCCCUUUGACUUUGUGAAGACGCAGAUGCAGAAGCAGAAGAAAGAUCCCGUCACAGGUGAGCUUCCCUACAAGAGUUCCAUGGAUUGUGCGAUGAAGAUCAUGGCUGAAGGUGGUCCUUUGCGUUUCUACGCCGGCUUCCCCACCUACUACGUGCGCAUCGCACCCCACGCAAUGCUCACCUUGAUCGCACAAGACUUCAUCAAGAAGAGCUGGUCCUCUGUCGGACUGUGA